GGGGAGAGAUAGAGAGAGAGAGCGAGAGCGAGAGAGGGGCGGGGGGUGUCGUCUGGGCACCUUGACACUCUCCUCGCCCAACUCUCACACCUCUCACACACUCUCCAACCGUCGGACCCUUUUCCCGCACCCUUCCAGCCCGUCUCCAAUUCAGCGGCAGUUCUGCACAGGCAACGCCGCCUGCGCAAGCCCCUUUAGCCGGGGCAGAGCCGCGUGUGUUUGUCCCCUCCCUCCCUUCCCCUUCCCGGGUGAUGAGGCUGCUGGAGCACGGUCGAGAAAGAGAUCAGUGGCGGCAAUAGAAGAAGUGGAGGAGGAGAGAAAACUGCGGAAAGCAAACAUUUGGAAUGAGGAUGCAUCUCCUCAGUGCCAUGUUCCUGCUCGUCAUGUCAGCGAUCACAUCCUGCCAGGCGCUGUACCCGAGUCCCGAAGAAGGUUGGCAGAUCUACAGCUCGGCUCAGGGCGCAGAUGGAAAGUGUAUCUGCACGGUGGUGGCGCCAGCUCAGAACAUGUGUAACCGCGACCCACGCAGCAGGCAGCUCCGCCAGCUCAUGGAGAAGGUGCAGAAUAUCAGCCAGUCCAUGGAGGUUUUAAAUCUGCGGACCAACAGGGACCUCCAGUACGUGAAGGAGACCGAAGGACUGAUCAAAGUUGUGGACGGGAGGCUGAAGGUGGCUUCGGACAACCCCCGCAGUCUCAACCCGAAAGGCUUUCAGGAUUUGAAAGACAAGCUGGCCGAACUUCUCCGUCGCCUCCCCGUGCUGGAGCAAUACAAAUCGGACACCAAGAUGAUCCUGCACCUGCGUGAGGAGGUGAGGAACCUGUCCUUUGUGCUGAUGGCCAUCCAGGAAGAGAUGGGCGCCUACGACUACGAGGAGCUGCGCCAGCGGGUCUUGCUGCUGGAGACCCGCCUCCACUCUUGCAUGCAGAAGCUUGGAUGCGGGAAACUCACGGGCGUGAGUAAUCCCAUCACGGUCCGCGCGUCGGGGUCCAGGUUCGGCUCCUGGAUGACAGAUACGAUGAUCCCCAGCUCCGACAACCGAGUUUGGUCCAUGGACGGUUACUUCAAGGGGCGUCGCGUCUUGGAGUACCGUACCAUGAGCGACUUCAUGAAGGGCCAGAACUUUGUGCAGCACUUGCUCCCGCACCCUUGGGCAGGCACCGGCCACGUGGUCUACAACGGCUCGCUGUACUAUAACAAGUACCAGAGCAACAUCAUCAUCAAGUACCACUUCCGGUCCCGGAGCGUCCUGGUGCAGCGCAGUCUGAGCGGCGCCGGCUACAACAACACCUUCCCCUACUCCUGGGGCGGCUCCUCCGACAUCGACCUGAUGGCCGACGAGAACGGCCUGUGGGCGGUCUACACCACCAUCCCCAAAGCCGGGAAUAUCGUCAUCGGCCGCCUGGAGCCGCAGACUCUGGAGGUACUGCAAACGUGGGACACCGGCUUCCCCAAACGCAGCGCCGGAGAGUCCUUCAUGAUCUGCAGCACGCUUUACGUCACCAACUCUCACCUGUCCGGCGCCAAGAUCUACUUUGCCUACUACACCAACACGUCCAGCUACGAGUACACGGACAUCCCCUUCCACAAUCAAUACUCUCACAUCUCCAUGAUGGACUACAACCCCAGGGAGAGGGUCCUAUACACCUGGAACAAUGGGCAUCAGGUGCUCUACAACGUCACACUGUUCCAGGUCAUUAAGACUUCUGGGGAUUGAGAGACCAGAACCAAGACUGACGCAUCGAAUGCUGCAUACAAUGUUUGAGGGAGGGGCAAAAGACAUGAUAUAGGUGGGUACAUGUUCAAGCUGGGUGGGAAAGGGGGGUAUUUACGUGUUAACAGGCAUAGGCUUGCAUAUUUUUUUUAUCAAUUCUUCAUCGAGUGCUAUUAUUCACAUUGUGGGUGAGCAAAAAAAAAAAAAACAAGGUCGGUACCGAAACAAAAGACUGAGCAUUUCUGUUUCUGUGAUGAGUAAGCAUGGUCCAUUUUAAUUGUGAUGAGAAAUAAAUAUCGGUCUUUACCUUA